AUGGGAUUCCUGCAUUCUAAAUUGUCGAAAGAUUGUGACCAGGCUAUUGCUGGCCUAUUCCCUGAUGAUGAGGGAUAUGAUGAGGGAUAUGCUGAAGCAUUGAUGUUGUUGCGAGGUCGAUAUGGUCACCCUACCAUGCUGCAAGCUGCACAUCUCCAAGCGUUAUCUCAUUAGCUCCAAUAGAUAUUGUGUCCCAAGAGAAUCUGUCCUUAAAGUUCCAAUCGUUUGUUGAUCGAGCGAGAAGCCACCUUACAGUACUCCGCCGAUACUGCAAAGUGGAGUCGCCUUUCGUAUCCUCCCUUAUCUACGAAUUAACCGACAAGUUGCCACAAGACGAAGCAAAGACAUGGCGCACCAAGGUUGGCGAGGGGCAAGUUGCGAUGACAUUAGGGGAAUUUAGCACCUGGCUUGGAGCUAGAGGGAGAUCCUAUUGAAGCGCACUACCACCUAGCAACAUUAAUCGUGACCAUCGACGAAGAGACCGGAGAUCUCCGAUCUCAAUCAAGGAAAAGCUCUCAAGUGUUCAAAUUGCAGUGGUAACCACAGGGCAAAGAACUGUGUUCAAUUUAAGGAACUGUCUGUCGAAGACCGGUUAAACUUUGCCGAAGAGAAGCGGCUCUGCUUCAGUUGCUUGGAGGAGUCUCACAUUUCCCGGAAUUGCAAAUAUAAGAUAGAGUGUGGAAUAUCGGGUUGCAAAGCGAAACAUUAUACCUUGUUGCAUCCGGAACAAAAUGCCCAUACUACAACCACGAAGACACCCCAUUCAGGCAUUGCCUUUGGAAUUGUUGAAGUGUCUGUAAUUGGUACUAGUGGUAACGAUGUUAAAGGAAACCUCCUAACCCAAACCUCAAAGCAUGGAGUCUUGAAUCAAUCUGUCAACCCAUUGAGACAGGUCCAUGGCCAAAUAUAAAAACGAACUGGAGACAUCUGGAGAAACUAGACUUGCGAACUGUUGGUGGUGAAGUCGACAUCUUGUUAGGACUUGAUAAUACAGACUUGCUGGUACCACUAGAAGUCAAGACGGGAAGACCCAAGGAACCUGUUGCAAAGAAAACAAGUCUCGGCUGGACGGCCGUUGGUCCCAUUGCGGGAUCCGAUAGCCGACCUCGUGUGCAUCAUGUUCCCCGUGCGGAUACAGAACCCCUCGACGCUGCGUUCAAAAGGUUUUGGGAAAGCGAAUCGUUUGGAACGAAGCCAACGAACGAGCCAAUCUACUCAAAAGAUGAAAAACGUGCGAUAGACUUAUUAGAACAUGGAACUGUAAAGUUGGAAACUGGUUACCAAGUCCCGUUGCUGUGGAAAGAAAAUGAGCCACGAUUACAAAAUAACCGCCAAGUUGCCCUAAAGCGAUUAGAAGGUUUGGAAAGACGUUUCGAGCGAGAUCCAGAAUACAAAAACGACUAUCCCAAAGCUAUUGGAAAAUACGUGGAGAACGGUUACGCUGUGAAAGUAAAUGAAAACGACAAUGUAAAUGGGCCAGACAAGUGGUAUCUGCCGUAUCACGGUAUCUAUAAGAAGUCUGGAACUGAAAAGAAGCUCCGGGUUGUGUUCGAUGUUGCAGCCAAAUAUAAUGGAAAAUCCCUGAAUGACGCACUUUUACCUGGACCAAUUCUGCAGAAAGAACUACCUAAUGUACUGACGAAAUUAAGAGAAGGGGACAUAGGAUUUGGGGCUGAUAGCGAAGCCAUGUUUAGCAGAAUACGUCCACGCGAAGAAGAUGCGACGUACCAUCGCUUCAUUUGGAGAGAGAAGGACAGUGACAAGGUCGACACCUACCAGAUGAACCGUUUAGCCUUUGGUGACACAUCAUCACCCUGUGAAGCAAUCUAUAUAACCCGUCGCACAGCUGCUAAUUUUGGCAUAGGAAAGGAAAAAGUUAUAAAGUCCAUUGAAGAGAAUCUGUAUGUUGAUGAUUACCUUGACUCAGCAGAGUCAGAAAAGAGGCAAUCCACCGAGGGAAACAAGUGAAGAACGUUCUAGCUGAAGGUGAUCUCCAUCUCAGGAAAUGGAUUUCCAAUUCCCCAGAAGUGACUGCUGCACUCGGAAAUGAUCAGGUCGACUCAGAACAAGAAGGAAAUGUGGCCAAUCUCGCCAAUCAUGAGCCGGAAACGAAAAUUCUCGGAGUGAAAUGGAACACGCUCUCGGAUGAACUCACCUUCAGUGUGACCCCCAUCGAAGAUGUGACCUACACCAGAAGAGAUCUACUAAGUAAACUGGCAGGACUAUUUGACCCUGUCGGAUUUUGUUUCUCCUACACGAUCAAAGCGAAGAUCCUUACCCAGCAGUUGUGUGUUCUUCGACUCGAUUGGGAUGAUGCUAUUCCACCUUCUCAGCUGAGCAAAUGGAAGGACUGGCUGUCAAAACCACCGGAGGUAGAAAAAAUCAAAAUACCACUUUGCAUACAACCACGAAAAGCAGAGGUGAAAAGCUCCGAACUUCAUACGUUCUGUGACGCUUUGGAGGAGGCUUUUUCCGCCGUAGUGUACCUGCGAAGCUUGUAUGCGGAUGGAAAUGUGCUGUGCUCUAUGAUAAUGGCUAAGACGAAAGUGGCCCCCAAGAAAGCGCUGAGUGUUGCUCGACACGAAUUGCAAGUCGCUCUUCUGUGUGCACGUUUAGCAACGUACGUUCGUAAGGCUUUAACCCGGCCUAUAAAUUGUCUCGUUUUCUGGACCGACAGCAAAUGCGUCAUUGGCUGGGUGCGUUGCACAGCCGUAUGGUACAAACUCUUCGUGGCCCACCGCAUUGGUGAGUUCCAAACCUUGACUGACUUGAAGUCCUGGUGCCAUGUACCAGGUCGGUUGAACGUGAGCGACUACGCCACUCGAUCAGGAUUUGACGGUAAGACAGAGAUUAUCCCCGAAAGGUGGUUCACAGGACCAGCUUUUCUUUACCAGAGUGAAGACCACUGGCCAUAG